UUGGGGUGCCGCCAUAGGUCCCGCAGGAGUGCCGCCAUAAGUCCCGCAGGAGUGCUGCAGUGUGCUGUGGAGUCUGCGGCACAUUGUGUUGGAGUGCCGCAGGAGUGAGAUCUCCAUCCCUGCCGCCGAUGACAACAGCGUCUAGAAUAGUGCCGCUCACUGCGCGGAUCAUUCCCGCGUCCAUCAAUGUCUCAGCCGACGUGGACAGCAUGUUGAUCGUCGUCGUCGUUGUCAAGAUCAAUGAUGUGGAGCAUUUGGAGUGCCGCAGGAGUGCGCAGGAGUACCGCAGGAGUGCUCCUGCGGCACUCCGCGGCACUUUCAGUGAGCCCGGAAGAACGGUGGAGCAAGUUCUUGACGAUGUCGCAUGCGCCGCAAAUGGCAGCGACAAAUUCGACGGGCGUGUUCUCGAACUGCCCGGUGGGGUGAAGAUAUAUGAUCAUGAGCACACGGCGCAGGGCGCUGGGUCAUCGGGCCAGUUCAAUUUUGUCUGGGAGGCUGCACAGGAGCUGGCUGAGGUGGUAGACGGUUUCAUCAGCCCCAGUAGCAUCCCUCUAGAGCCAGUGACAGCUCCCUUCUGUCGCGAGUACUACAAAAAUCACGGACAGGAAGUGUUCCUCGUCGGCCCUCAGAUGCACGAUGACGAAUGGGAAGCGCCAUCAGCAGGCUCUGGUCCCAGCGAUGAGAGACUGAAAACAUACUUGAAUGAUGCGCGCAAGACACACGGGCCAAAAUCCGUCUUGUACAUCUCUUUUGGUUCUUGGUACUUCCCCUUGAUGACACCUCAUCUGGUCGAGGCGAUGAUCGACGUGCUGCUCAGUCUCGACGUUACGAUCCCUUUCGUAUUUGUACUCGGUGGAGCGAUGGCUUCUUUGCCAAAAGAGACCAUCGAUCGUAUUCACGCCAGCGGCCGGGGAAUUGUAUGUGCUCACUGGGUCGAUCAAAAAGCCAUUUUGAAGAGUGGCACAAUCGGCUGGUUUUUAACGCACGGCGGCUACAACUCGUUAACUGAGGGGCUGAGUCAAGCCACCCCGCUCAUUUUCUGGCCAGUGGGAGCGGAGCAAGCUCUUAAUGCAGCGAUGCUUUCGACAGGCCCCCGUCCCAUCGGAAUCGAACUGUUCCAGAUUCGCGCUGGUGCUCAACUGGGUCCUUCUCUACGUCCUGAAGCACCCAAAAUCACAGGAGCAGUCGAGGAUGCAAAGACUGAGUUCCAGCAAACAUUCAACGAUCUCAAAGGACCAAGAGGAGAAAUCCUGACACAAAACGCUACCCGCAUCGCGGAACUGUGGCGCGAGGAAAGAAUUCGGGGGGAUACUGUGCACGAGAUCGUCAGGUUGACGAGAUUCUGACAACACGAGAGGAGAGAUUCGCAUCCCAUUCUACAUAGAUAUGAAUUAA